GGUGGCGCUGUGUGGAUCCCGGCUCUGUCGGCCAUUGGCGCUGGUUUUGCCAUUGGACUUGCCGCCAUCGGCUCCGGUGUCGGACAGGGUAUUGCCAGCGGCCGCUGCAUUGACGGCAUCUCCCGGCAGCCGGAGGUUGCGGAUGACCUCCGCGGCGUACUGCUCCUGUCCCUGGCCUUCAUGGAGUCCCUGACCAUUUACGGCCUGGUGAUUGCCCUGGCACCGCCCUAA